AUGGGUCAUUCAGAAGGUAAUACAGUCUCUUACAAGGAGUUAUCGACACCCGGCAAUUCUGUGGCCAGAACACGUAUUCAAUCCUCGAAGGAGCCAUCUUAUACUGGAUCCCUAAGCUUUGGGCUUUCAACAAAAGCAGUGUCAGGGUCCACUGGAUCCUUAGGGCAACAGCGACACUCUUUAGGAGCUGCAUCACCAUCUGCACAGUCAUCCAUGCACCAACCUCCUCCCUCUCCUUCAUUCUCAGGGCACUAUUCCGAUCAAAUAGUGCACAAUUUAGCUGAAAGAGACCAUCCACUAGCUCAGGCCCCACCUAAUGUGGAUUUAAGAUUAACUCAAUCUUCAGGAUUGAACAAAGGACCUAAUAAUCCAUUCUCUCUAGAUUCACUGUCAAUGCCACAUCAGAGUGCUCAUCUGAGCGAUUCACAAAAAUUGCUGCCCCAAAAUUUACAGACUUCAUCUACUACGACAACUAAUCUUCAUCCAAGGCACCAUAUUCCCUUUCCACAAUGGCUACAUCCCGAAUCCAAACAGUCUGAACCUUCGGAACAAACCUGGAAACCUCCACUGCCUCCAACCAUGGGAAAUUCUUCAGCGGACCAAUCAAAUCCUCUUGGUGCAGAUGCCUCAGGACAGUUGAGUACCAGUAGUCUGCUGGCUGCUGUUAUGAACAGUGGAAUACUCGGUAAAAGCUCUAUUACUGGUAGUCUACCUAAAUUGAGUUUGCAAGAUGCUGGGGCAAUGACAUCCCAAGCAGGUGUGCAACCUCCUUUACCCAGUGGCCCCCCUCCUACCCACUUUACGUCCUCUGGGCCCAAGUUUUCACCUGCAUCUCUUUUGAAUCUACCUACACAUGAAAAGACAGAGGUUUCUACUGUGAUUCCUGAGAGAAAGGUAGAAUUGCCACCACUGCCACCUGGCCCUCCACCAUCUUCUCUUGUAGGCAGUGCCUCAUCACAAACUUCCAAUGUGAUGACUGCUGCCUCUAAUCCAAUGUCAAGUCUCCUUAAUUCAUUAGUUUCCAAGGGUUUGAUAUCUACAUCAAAGACAGAGUCAACCGCAAUUGCUCCUCCCCAGAUGCCUCUUCCAGCCCAGAAGCCAGCCAUUGCUACCACUACUUCAAUCCCGGUUUCUUCGGUACCAGUUUCCUCAGCUGUCCCACUUUCAUCUACUUUAGAUGAGCUUUCUUUUUCCACACCUGCUGCUCAAAUCUCCAGUGUCUUACCCCAACCCACCACAGAAGAGAUAAAAAAUCUCAUUGGUUUUGAGUUUAAGUCGGAUAUCAUUCGAGGCUCACAUCCAGCUGUGAUCAGUGAACUCCUUGAUAACCUCCCAUAUCAGUGCAGCAUAUGUGGGCUUCGCCUCAAAUGUCAGGAACGUUUUGAUAGACACUUAGAGUGGCAUGCAUCGAAGAAUCCUAAACUGAAGAGUUCAAGUAAGCCUUCAAGGGACUGGUAUGUAGAUUCCAUUGAGUGGGUUUCCGGUAAGGCUGGCAUGCAAUCUGGUGUUGGAUCCACUGGUCCAUUGGAAUGUUCCAGAAAGGCAGUGGAGAGUAUUGAGGAGAUGGCUCCUGCAGAUGAAAGUCUGUGUUUGUGUGUUUUGUGUGGUGAGUUGUUUGAAGACUUUUACAGUCAAGAAAGGGAUGAAUGGAUGUUCAAAGGAGCUGUUUACAUGGCUAUCCCAUCCAGAGACUGUGAGACAGGAAAUUCAAGUGAUGGUGCCGCUCAGGGACCUAUUGUGCAUGCAAAGUGUAUAUCAGAAAGUUCAGUUCAUGAUUUGGGGCUAGCUGACAAUAUUAAAAUGGAAAUGGACGCAUAA